AUGACAUCACACAAACUUGAAGAGAACCUUCUUAGUAUCACUAUCAUGGUAAACAAGGGACGAAUACAAAUACAAGGCAAAUACAUGAAAGAAUGGGGUAAUGACGAAUUCCCCAUACUAAUUGAACUUAUAAAUAACCCAGUCCUGCUUCACAGCAACCCAACCAAAAACCUAAAUAAUUUUAUCGAAAAAUUAUUCCCAAAUACCAGUACCCAGCAAACCACAUGUCAACCAACAGAUACAAACUCCCCAAAGUUUCAUGUUAUGAAAUCCAAUCUGGCCUCCCUAGAAGCAGCCUUUGUUGAUUUCAAGCAACAUACUGACAAGGAAACCACCGAACUGAACCUUGCUCUCACUGAGAAAGUCAAAGAUAUUGAAAUACUAAAAAAUGAAAUCACUGUUUUGAAAUCAAAGCAAUUAAAUGAUCAACAAACAUUGAGUGAUAUGUUGCUAAAACAAUCAGAAAUCGAGGACGAAAUGAAGAAAAUCCAUAAAAAAUGCAAAGUUCUAGAAGAAAAGAACUCAACAUUAACUGGCAAAUUAGCGGCUCUCAAGGAAAUCAUAGAAAGUAACAACAGUGAAAUUUUAUCUACACCCAACACAUCCAAUUCAGACGAACCCACAUCGAUUCCAAACGUACCCACAACCAACCAAUUCCUUGCCAUUGCAGAUGAACCACCAAAUGAACCACCGAUGAAACUACAAGCGAACCCCCAUUAAUCCAACAACAGCAACCAUCCCAACAGGAAACGUCCCAAAAAAAAUUGAAGGUGACACCAUUAUAUUAUGCGAUAGCAAUGGUCGAUACCUUAAACCUUCCCUGUUAUGUCCUGGUACCAAAACAAAAUACAUUAAAUGUGCUACACUUGAAAAAGCAAAAGAAAUACUGGACAAUACCACCUUUAACUCGCCUAAAUCGUUCAUUAUACAUGUAGGAACAAACGAUUUAGAACAUUCUAACCCAACAGAAACCUUAACCAACAAGGCACUGGACAUAGUGGAGGAUAUCAAGAACAAACAUCCUGAAAGUCAUAUUAUAUUCUCUUCCCUUCUCCCAAGAACAGAUGCUCUUGACGAGAAAGUGAAUGAUCUUAACAACAAGUUGGAAAAAGCGUUUUCCUCAAAAAAGAACAUUUCUCUAGUUCAACAUAAUAACAUAUACAAGAAUGGCCACCUCAAAGACAAGAAGCACCUUAACAACAUUGGUGUGAAGCGUUUCGCACAAAACCUAAAACGGGCCUUCUUUAGAAAAAAUAUCACCUUGCCACAACGACAUAGACAGUACAGACCUCCAAGACCCCCGACCCAAUGGUUUCCUCACAACGCAAUACCACCACAAUUCCCUAGCAUUCUCCCCUAUACGCCCAACUACCACUUCAACAAUGCUCAAUCCCCAAAGCUUCUCCAAACAGCUCCACCAAAAAACACUCAUUUACAACACCCUAACCAAGAUCACCCUCCUAAUUUUCCUACUUUUCCCUCAAUCCACCAUAACCAAACUGCUCAUCUAUCGACAACACACCAUACAACCCAAGAAACCAAAACAAUGCAAGGUCAACUUAUCCAACUGAUUAAAGAUCUUCAGCGAUAUGUAAGUUUGUAA